UAGCUUCGUUCUCUGGAGGCAUCAGGUGGCUCUCUGGAGCUAUAAAAGCAAUCUCUCAACACUCGGCGAAUUUAUUGUGGAGGCUUCUGUCCGCGGAAAACGAGUAUGCAUGCUUUGAAAGUGAUCUUUGUGCUGGGCCUUGUCCUGGCUGUUGCCUUUGCCGGCUAUGCCGGUCGACCUAGGACCCUCGAGGGCGCUGACCUAAAGGAGGCCGAGCAGCUAUUGAGCACCACGCUAUCCCAGCUGGCCACCGGAGAUGGACCUAGUUACCAACUGGUUAAUCUGAUAUCGGCGACUUCUCAAGUGGUUUCUGGCACUCUGCGCACCUAUAAGGUUGAACUGUCCGAUGGAUCGGACAAGAAGCAGUGCACCGUCAAGAUCUGGUCGCAGCCAUGGCUCGAGGAGUCCGGCAAGGGCAUCAACAUCAAGGUCCAGUGUGAGGGCGACGAAGCCGAGCUGGAUCGCACCUGGUAGACAUAUCAUCAGAUUAUCUAAUAGAUACUCGUAAAAUAUGUUGUGUUCAUUCAAUAAAAGAAUGAGCAAAGUA